UAGGCUCCAUGUGCGGCGGCUUUAAUCCCAGUGAUGUCGAAAGCGCAGAACUCGAUCCUUUCCUACUUUAGCAAGACACCAAAGUCUGAAAAAACACAGAACAAGGAAAAGAAUGUCCUGACACCGAAACAGACGCGAUCCUCGCCAAAUAGGUCGGGAAGUCAGGGGGACAAGAAGGAGAAAGCAACUGGGAAAGUGGCACCAGGAGAUGUGGUCUGGGCUAAGCUGGAGGGGUAUCCGUGGUGGCCCAGUUUGGUCUGUAACCACCCUACCUUGCACACCUGUACCAGGACCAAAGGAAGAAACACGGACGUACAUGUGCAGUUCUUCGACAACCCGCCUUCCAGAGCCUGGGUGAAGGAGAAAUAUGUGAAACCAUUCACUGGCUCGGACAGCGCUGAUUUCCAGCGUGGUGGACAGUUCUUCAGUGCGGACCCCCAGUGUCGCAAGGGAGCCACUGAGGCAGACAAAGCUGUUGCGUCUAGUGUUGCGGACAGACUGAAAUUGGUUGUGGACUUACAGCCAUCAUCUGAUGAGGAGGAGGAGGAGGAGGAGGGGACAAAGAUUGAUGAUAUUGAUUGGGAUGAUGAAAUAUUUGACAACGAGGCAGACAAUAGUAAAGAAAAUCAUGAAGAAGAAGAAGUUGGUGCAGAGACAAAAAGUAACAAAAAGAAAACUCCCCAAAAACCCACCCCAAAGAAAAAUGGCCGCCCAUCCAGAGGCAGUAAGGCCAAGAGAAGGAGGAUAAGAUUACCAAGUGAUGACAGUGAGGAUUCGGGGGAUGAAUACAAACCAGCUAAAUCAGAGAAUGAGAGUGAGUCUGAAGAUAGUGCAGGAAGUGGUGUGGAUGAGGCAGAUAUCUCUGAACCUGAGACGGAAUCAGAUACUGGAACUCCAGUUAAGAAUUCAAGAAAAAGGAAAAGGGGCUCAGUUACUACAUCUAAAACACCUGGGGUAGCAACAAAAGCUAAAGAAAACCUCAGCUCCUUUGCCAACACCACCCCCAGUUCCCCACUGAGUGGCGCAUCCACCCCCCUCACCCCUCUCAGCAGGAGUUCCACCCCUCAUACCCCUGUUAGUGUCAGUGACAAGACAAAGAGCAAGCUCAUGGCAUGGGCUGCCCCAGAUACACCACCCGAGACGUCUGCCCCAGUCAGUGAAGAUGGGACAGUAUAUAUGCACUACACAUUGGACUUCCUCAAACCAGAGAAAAUCAAAGACAUUGAAGGCAGAAGACCAGAUCACACAGAAUAUGAUCCAAGGACACUCUAUGUUCCUGACACUUUCAAAAAGAAGCUUACCCCAGCCAUGAAGCAAUGGUGGGAGAUUAAAUCAAAACAUUUUGACACUGUGUUGUUCUUCAAGGUUGGCAAGUUCUACGAACUGUACCACAUGGACGCUGUCAUAGGGGUGACUGAGCUGGGACUGAUGUAUAUGAAGGGCAAUUUUGCCCACUCGGGUUUCCCAGAGAUUGCCUACAGUCGCUAUGCCGAUACCUUGAUCCAGAAGGGGUACAAAGCAGCCAGGGUGGAACAGAUGGAGUCACAGGAGAGUGCUGAGGAAAAAGCUGCUGGCAAGGCCAACAAACUGAUGCAGAGAGAACUGUGUAGAAUCACUUCCAAAGGCACAAAGACCUUCAACUUCAUGGAUGGGGACAGUACAGAGAGUGGGAGUGAUUACCUCUUGGCGAUAGCAGAAAAGAAUAGUGAGGAGAGUUCUGGAGGUGAAAGCACCUAUGGAGUGUGUUUUGUGGAUACCUCUAUUGGAAAAUUCCACAUUGGUCAGUUUUCUGAUGACCGCCAUGGGUCAAGACUGAGGACGUUGGUUUCACACUUUAGACCAGCUGAAAUACUGUAUGAAAGAGGGCAUAUAUCCCAAAAAAUGCAGCAAAUCUUCAAUGGUCACCUGACGUCUGCUCUCAAGGAGGCCUUGACCUCUGGUACUGAAUUCUGGGAUAGCUCCAAGACCCUCAAGUUUUUAUCUGAAGGAGACUAUUUCCUUCCUGGAGGAGAGAAUAGUGAGAAAUUUCAGUGGCCUCAGGCAAUCAAGGCUAUGAUAUCUGAGACUGACAGCUUAGGACUGACAGCCUCUGAUGAGUAUGAAUUAGCAAUAAAGGCAUUAGGUGCAAUUACUUGGUAUCUGUGCAGGUGUUGCAUAGACCAAGAACUGUUGUCUAUGAAGCAGUUUGAAGAGUACACUCCUCUGGAUCAGAAACAGAACAAGAAAGGAGUGGAGUUUGCAUCGGGGAAACAGAAAAUGGUGCUGGAUAGCGUGACCCUGUUCAAUCUGGAGGUGAUGGAGAACAGUGUCACUGGGACCACAGAGGGCACCUUGCUGGAGAGAUUGGACCAGUGUGUCACGCCAUUUGGAAAGAGGCUGUUCCGUCAGUGGCUUUGCGCCCCCCUCUGCAAUCCGUCUGCAAUUGAUGACCGUCUUGAUGCUGUAGAGGACCUAAUGGCAGCACAAGAUGUUGUAACUGAAGUGAUGGAACUGAUGAAGAAAUUGCCAGACUUAGAAAGACUUCUCAGCAAAAUCCACACCUUGGGUAAUGCCAGCAGAAGCAAGAACCACCCUGACAGCAGAGCCAUCUUCUAUGAUGAUGUCACCUACAGUAAGAAGAAGAUUGAAGAUUUCCUUGCUACUUUAAAUGGAUUCAAAGCAACACAAGACAUUGUCCUUAAAUUUAAAGGCAAAGGUCAAAAUUUCAAGUCAAGACUCCUGAGGCAGUUGGUGACAGUGCAGAAAAGUGACACGAGUAACUCAGCAAAGUUCCCUGAUCUGGUGGAGAAGUUGCGUUUCUUUGAUCAAGCAUUUGACCAGCAGAAGGCCAAGGCCCAGGGGGUCAUUGUCCCCUCCAAGGGGGUAGAUCCCGAGUAUGACCAGUCCCUGGAUGAUAUUAAGUCCACUCAGGCCAAACUGGACACUUAUCUUGACCAGCAGAGACAAAGGCUUGGAUGCAGGUCCUUGCAAUACUGGGGUACUGGCAAGAAUCGCUACCAGUUAGAGGUCCCUGAGGGAGUGCUCCAACGUGUCCCAGACGAGUAUGAGUUUGAGUCCCAGAAGAAGGGAUUCAAGCGCUAUCGCACCAAGAGGAUCAUGGGAUUGCUAGCUGAAAUGGAGGCCGCGGAGACCAGGAAGGUGGACGCACAGAAGGACUGCAUGAGGAGGAUUUUUAAUAGUUUUGACGAAAAUUACACUAGCUGGCACUCCGCUGUACAGUGUAUGGCUGUACUGGACGUGUUAAUCAACAUGGCCGCCUACAGCAGAUGUGGAGAUGGGGUCAUGUGCAGACCACAGCUAGUACUCCCUGAGGACCAAGACCAGCCAUUUUUGGAGUUGAGAGAAGCUCGUCAUCCAUGCAUCAGUGCCACCUUCAGUGGGGGAGACUUCAUUCCAAAUGACACAGUGAUUGGCUGUCACGAUGACAACGCCAUGGAAACAGAUGGCAUUGAUCACUCUGACAGCAGUAUCGUCCUGGUAACAGGGCCUAACAUGGGGGGAAAGUCCACUCUCAUGAGACAAGUUGGUGUCAUUGUCAUUAUGGCUCAGUUGGGUGUGUAUGUCCCAGCUGAAAAGUGCAGGCUUACCCCGGUUGACAGGGUGUUCACACGACUUGGUGCCAGUGACAGGAUUAUGUCAGGUGAGAGCACAUUCUAUGUGGAGCUUAGUGAGACUUCAGCCAUCUUACAACAUGCCACACGCCAUUCCCUCGUCUUACUGGAUGAGUUAGGGAGGGGCACAGCAACCUAUGAUGGCACUGCUAUUGCAUGCGCCGUAGUGCGUGAGUUGUCACAGAACGUGCGCAGUCGUACAUUGUUCUCCACUCACUACCACUCAUUAGUGGAGGAGUUUACACACGAUCCAAACAUCAGAUUGGGGCACAUGGCCUGUAUGGUGGAAAAUGAGAAUGACGAGGACCCCUCCCAGGAGACCAUUACCUUCCUCUACAAGUUCGUGUCUGGAGCUUGUCCCAAAAGUUACGGCUUUAACGCUGCCAGGCUGGCCGACAUACCUGAACAGAUUAUAAAAGUUGCCAGAAUUAAAGCACAGGAGUUUGAGGAGCAUGCAGACAACCUCAAAGUUUUCAGGAACAUCUGCAGUACAGAUGAAGCUCUUGGAAAGGACAGUCUGAUUUCAUUACAAAACCAAAUCCAAGUAUCUUGAAGAAAGUUGACUCUAAUAGAGGAAACAUUUGUUAAUGUGCAGCCACAGUUGCCAAGAACAUUAUGCCAUUGUUUAUACUAAAAGGAUCCAGUUGACUGAAACACUUGAGUAACAUACAAUAUACUGGAAUAGAAAAAGUAUCAGAAGACAAUUAAGCAAUUAGCUAGAAAUUGUAGUCGGCAAAUAUUUGCCUUUAAAAAGUUAUUAUUCAGGAGCAAACUCUUG